ACAAACCGUUGGAGUCUUAUACAAUGGCUGAUACACGACAGAACUCGUCUGGAACAAAGUACGAGUACGAUGCGCCGAGCGUGGUCAUUAACUUCACGUCUUUGGAACAUGAAGACCACGACGUUGACAACUGGUUUGUUACGGUGCCAGAUGAAUCACUUGUAACUCCAAGAAAAGCUUUGGGAGCUUCACCGAAGUCUGAUUUACCAAAAGCUGUUGUCGCUCCAAUGGCCAAAGCUGAAAUCCAAGAGGAAGGCACAAAGGAUGAAAGCAUUGAAGACAAAAUGUGCCAUGUUUCUUCAGCUGCAGCUUCUAAUUUAGUGACCUCUUGGGGUAACAGGAAAUCUGCAGUCAACCAGCCUGCUAAGAUAAAAGAUCCAGUUGCAAAUCCAAGAAGAGUUUCAAAAAGAUUGUCGGGACAACAAAAACUUGACCAUCAACGCAAGCAGAUGGCAAAAAUUCGCGAUGAAAGGCAGAGUGCUGCUGCUACUGCUGCGAAAGAAUUCAUACCACCAGUUAAAAAGCAAAGACGGGCUACCAGUAGAGGCAAACUGAAUGAGACUUCCACUGCUGAUGACACUGUGCAGAGUAGCAUAUUGCAGUCUCCCAAAUCAAAAAGCAGAAUAACCAGACCCAGCACUCCAAAUGUACUGAAGAGGAAGAACUUGGCUUCCAAGCAUAAGAGCUCUGAGCAGCAAGAGCUUGAGAAGAUGCAGCUUCUCCAAAAGGAAGUAAUGGAGCAGCGCAAGAGAAACAGUGAAGGCCUCAAAUCAGUUAUUGCUGGCACAAGCCAACCACCUAAAAAGGUUAUUCCUGGGACUGUGCCAGUAGACUUCCAUUUCCGCACAGAUGACAGAAUAAAACCCCAUGGGGAGCAUCAUUCAGAAACCUCUUACAAAGAGUUUGAUUUUACAGCAGGGCUGCGCAAACACCCGCCUUCACCAAUACGUUUAAAGGGCAACACUAUCCCAAAACCAUUCAAUUUGUCAUGUGGUAACAAAAGGAAGUUUGAAGAAACUAGUACAACGGAGUAUGUGUCCAUGGCUCAACAGAUAGAAUCAUUCCAGAAACGCACACCUGCGCGCUACCAUCUGAGGAGCAGACGGAGAGAAGAACAAGGUCCAUCUCCAAUGAAGAAUAUUAAAUUGAAAAUAACAGAUCCAAAAACACCACUACUUUUGGCCAGAGGGCGCCACCGGGCUGUUACGUGCAAAAGCACUGCAGAGAUAGAAGCCGAGGAAAUGGAGAAAAUGAAAAAAUUCAAGUUUAAAGCACUUGAGCUGAAUCGUAAAGUCCUUGAAGGUGGUCUCCUACCAAAGAAGCCCCCUGUGAAGGAAUCCACACAGCCAAUUGGCUUUGACUUGGAGAUUGAGAAAAGGCUUCGAGAGAGGGAGGCCACCAAGAUACCGGAAGAGGAGAAUUACACUUUCCAUUCCAGACCUCUUCCUGUAAAGAUUCUUGAAGAAAUUGUGGGUGUUCCUGAGAAGAAGCAGUUGCCUCCAACAGUGCCACAGUCUCCAGCCUUUGCUUUGAAGAACAGAAUACGUAUCGAACACAAAGUGGAGGAGGAAAAAAUAGCUCCAGUGAUCAAAGCAAACCCAAUGCCACACUUUGGGAUUCCCUUCAAACCAAAGCAACAGGAAAAUAAACACGUGGAAGCGUGUCCCUUCUCCUUUGAGUUGAGGGAUAAAGACAAACAUUCUCUGAAAGAAAAGAGAAUUGAGGAACUGCGCAAAGGGGAGGUUACUAAGUUCAAAGCCAUUCCACUUCCUGACUUUGAACAUGUCCAGUUGCCUGAAAAGAAAGUAAAGGAAUCAACCAACCCGGAGCCUUUCAAACUCCUGAUUGAUGAGAGGGGCGCAGCUAAGAGUGAACGCUGGGAACAGAUGAUGAAGGAGGAGCUGAAACAACAAGCGGCAGCUUCGAAUUUCAAGGCUCGUCCAAACACAGUCAUCCAUCAGGAGCCGUUUGUUCCGAAGAAGGAAAACCGGUCCAUUUUAGAAACGAUUUCCAAUUCCGCAGCUGCAGAACAUUUUGAACUGUCAACGGAGAGGCGUGCCAGAGAGCGCAUGGAAUUUGAGAAGGUAAAUUCAGAGAGGGAAGCCCUGCGGGCCAAGAGGGAAGAGGAGGAGCGACAGGAGCUGGAGCAGAGGGAAAAGGAGGAAAUCAUUAAACUCCGACAAGAUCAGGUGCACAAAGCGCAACCAAUCAGACGAUUCAAGAAAAUGGAGGUGAAACACAGUGACCAGAUACUAACAGUUCCCCAGUCUCCUAACUUCUCAGACAGAUUCCGUCUUUAAAGUAGCCGUGUGUUCUACAUAUUGUGUAAAUAUCUGAAUGCCUGACAGUUUUCUAUAUCGACAACAAGAUUUGCCCAUUUUGUGGCUUAACUAGAGGCUACAGCUCUGUUCAAACAAAGGUAAUGCCAGAAUGGCUCUGGCUUGAUGACCUGAUUUGAACGUUGAGCGCACCUACCCUUUUUUUUUGUAAAACUUAAAUGUUUGUUCAAUAAAUUGUACACUUGUUUUACAUUUCAACUUUUUUUUUAUCCUAUACUAUUCUGGAACUGUUCUGUGUCUUAUAAAAGAUUUAAUUUUGGUAUCAUUUUAAAAGUUGUGUAAUUGUUAGGUUUUUGUUUGGCUUGAGGUGCACACAUGUAGGAUUUGUCAAAACCUUAAUUUGAAAGCAAACGCUUCCAUGGUUCUUUUAACUCCACUGGCUGAGAUCUAAAUGAACUUGCUUGUUGAGUGUAUGUUACUAUGGGGCUCAGAAGUGAAUUUGGAAAUCGUAACAACCUGCUGAAUUAGACCUGACGAAAUACAAGCAAUACAUUGGAAGUGGCUAUGCACCACAAGCUUACUAGAGGAACAAUCAUUCCUACUGGUUGCAGCACUUAGUCUAAAUUUUUUGCUUUUUUGAGGCCAGCGGGGCUGAACAGGUGAACUAGGAUGAAUUUGCUUGUACACGUAAACAGCAACAGCUAUGUCUUCGGUACCUUUUUUCCGUAUAAUUCGUGCUUUCGCUAGAAAAUAAUUGUAAAUGUAUGUACAAGAAUUCUUGAAGUGGAUUUAAAAAUGUAAUCAAAUGUGGAAGGUGUUCCUCCAUAUCUGAUUUGUGUAUAACUUAUAUAUUUCAGAUCAUUGAAUAGUAGAAAUAGUCAAAUUGGGAACAUAAGAACUAGAAAAUAAGUUUUUUUUUUUUUAUAACAAGCAUUGAAAAGAUUUUAAUUGUGUAACUGAAUAAAGGCGGGGUUGUCUUAAGUUAUACGUGGCAUAUGAAAUAUUUUUCUGUCGGAAGCCUAAAAAAAUGAGAAUGCUGGCAGUUGGUGGAAUUGUGAAACAACAUCGUUGCAUAUCAGUACUGCCUGAGUGAUUACUGCAAGACAGUCAUGGUAAUGCAUCUAUACUGUUGUACUUGCUGUGUCAAAUAAGUCCACUACUAACUCUUUGCUGGAGGAAAUCGGAAACCAUUUUCUGAAUCAAGACAGGUAGAUUAAAACAAUUAUAUGUUUUGGGCACAGUAAAACAAGUCAAAUACAAGUAUAGAGGUUUAGUGCUACAAAAAGAGAACAAGCUAAAGGUGCUGGGGCCCUGCGCAACAUGGAAGUGUUACGCAAUCACACUAUCUUAAUAAUGUGGCUCAAUUUACUUGUCUGUUUUUACAAAUUCAUGGUAUAUGUUGUUCAAGGAAUACUCCUGGUCCCUUCUGUUCUGUAGUUGAUGAGCUGACCUUUUGGUGCUGGUAGGGAUUCAAGUUCUGUCACCCUGAAGCACAUAGGCCAGCCUGCGUUAACAUUCUCACACUGCUUAUUGUGCGCUUUAAUGAGGGGCUAAAGGAAAGGCAGAAUGAAUUAUCUGGUGCUAGUUCCGGUAGCUUCAUCCUGCCAAAGCCUUUUACUUUCACAGAUAAGGGUGUACACUAUGUGCCCUAAAUCAGUCAAUUAAGAGAAGAAUCUUGUUUUAGCAUUCUAUGCCUUGGCACCUUCAGGUGGUGAAUGAGUUUUAUUUAUGUACAGCACAGCUUAAUUUCCUGUGUUUUUAAUUCAUAGCUAUGAGUUUGGUGGGGAUGAUGAGGUACGCUGAACAGAAAUAUAAACGCAACGUGUAAAGUGUUGGUCCCAUGUUUUUUUUUUAUAACAAGCAUUGAAAAGAUUUUAAUUGUGUAACUGAAUAAAGGCGGGGUUGUCUUAAGUUAUACGUGGCAUAUGAAAUAUUUUUCUGUCGGAAGCCUAAAAAAAUGAGAAUGCUGGCAGUUGGUGGAAUUGUGAAACAACAUCGUUGCAUAUCAGUACUGCCUGAGUGAUUACUGCAAGACAGUCAUGGUAAUGCAUCUAUACUGUUGUACUUGCUGUGUCAAAUAAGUCCACUACUAACUCUUUGCUGGAGGAAAUCGGAAACCAUUUUCUGAAUCAAGACAGGUAGAUUAAAACAAUUAUAUGUUUUGGGCACAGUAAAACAAGUCAAAUAAAAGUAUAGAGGUUUAGUGCUACAAAAAGAGAACAAGCUAAAGGUGCUGGGGCCCUGCGCAACAUGGAAGUGUUACGCAAUCACACUAUCUUAAUAAUGUGGCUCAAUUUACUUGUCUGUUUUUACAAAUUCAUGGUAUAUGUUGUUCAAGGAAUACUCCUGGUCCCUUCUGUUCUGUAGUUGAUGAGCUGACCUUUUGGUGCUGGUAGGGAUUCAAGUUCUGUCACCCUGAAGCACAUAGGCCAGCCUGCGUUAACAUUCUCACACUGCUUAUUGUGCGCUUUAAUGAGGGGCUAAAGGAAAGGCAGAAUGAAUUAUCUGGUGCUAGUUCCGGUAGCUUCAUCCUGCCAAAGCCUUUUACUUUCACAGAUAAGGGUGUACACUAUGUGCCCUAAAUCAGUCAAUUAAGAGACGAAUCUUGUUUUAGCAUUCUAUGCCUUGGCACCUUCAGGUGGUGAAUGAGUUUUAUUUAUGUACAGCACAGCUUAAUUUCCUGUGUUUUUAAUUCAUAGCUAUGAGUUUGGUGGGGAUGAUGAGGUACGCUGAACAGAAAUAUAAACGCAACGUGUAAAGUGUUGGUCCCAUGUUUUUUUUUUAUAACAAGCAUUGAAAAGAUUUUAAUUGUGUAACUGAAUAAAGGCGGGGUUGUCUUAAGUUAUACGUGGCAUAUGAAAUAUUUUUCUGUCGGAAGCCUAAAAAAAUGAGAAUGCUGGCAGUUGGUGGAAUUGUGAAACAACAUCGUUGCAUAUCAGUACUGCCUGAGUGAUUACUGCAAGACAGUCAUGGUAAUGCAUCUAUACUGUUGUACUUGCUGUGUCAAAUAAGUCCACUACUAACUCUUUGCUGGAGGAAAUCGGAAACCAUUUUCUGAAUCAAGACAGGUAGAUUAAAACAAUUAUAUGUUUUGGGCACAGUAAAACAAGUCAAAUACAAGUAUAGAGGUUUAGUGCUACAAAAAGAGAACAAGCUAAAGGUGCUGGGGCCCUGCGCAACAUGGAAGUGUUACGCAAUCACACUAUCUUAAUAAUGUGGCUCAAUUUACUUGUCUGUUUUUACAAAUUCAUGGUAUAUGUUGUUCAAGGAAUACUCCUGGUCCCUUCUGUUCUGUAGUUGAUGAGCUGACCUUUUGGUGCUGGUAGGGAUUCAAGUUCUGUCACCCUGAAGCACAUAGGCCAGCCUGCGUUAACAUUCUCACACUGCUUAUUGUGCGCUUUAAUGAGGGGCUAAAGGAAAGGCAGAAUGAAUUAUCUGGUGCUAGUUCCGGUAGCUUCAUCCUGCCAAAGCCUUUUACUUUCACAGAUAAGGGUGUACACUAUGUGCCCUAAAUCAGUCAAUUAAGAGAAGAAUCUUGUUUUAGCAUUCUAUGCCUUGGCACCUUCAGGUGGUGAAUGAGUUUUAUUUAUGUACAGCACAGCUUAAUUUCCUGUGUUUUUAAUUCAUAGCUAUGAGUUUGGUGGGGAUGAUGAGGUACGCUGAACAGAAAUAUAAACGCAACGUGUAAAGUGUUGGUCCCAUGUUUCA